AUGGGUGACGAGGCCGAAGGGGAGCUUCCGCUGGCAAUGAACUCAGCGGUUUUGGGGGAUCGCCACAUAAAGUGUAAGAUGGAUGUAAAAGAGUUAAGGCUUUUCAAGAAUGUUGAUAUUCUUAUCAGCAGUUUGAUCGAAUAUAUUUAUGAGAUAUUGGAGUCUUGCAUCAAAGAACAAGAUGUUUUAUGCCAUCGCUUUAUGCCGUGGACAUGUCAUUGGCCCAAAUGGCGUAUAUUUUGGGCCGACGAGCGUGCCAUAUCGGAAACUAAUGCCAGUAGCAAUUACAAGUUUGUGAAGGUUACUUUGACAGAGCGUCCGGUUCGGCAUUUCAGUUGA